GUGGCCGCCUCGGUCUCUGCCGAAAAGCCCGCGGCUCCUCCGUCGCCGAAGGCAAACCAGUCGAGUGCGAGGCCGCGACCCUCGUUGGGAGGCCCGGUCAUCGCUAACGGCGGUGGCCCAAGGCUUGCGCAGGCACAGAACUCAUCCACAGCAUCUUCGAGGGGCAGCCCCGCUGUCGAUAGAGUCUCCGAGAAGCUCGGCGGCCUUAGCAUCCAGCCCAAGCCUGCGGAUGGCGUCCCCGGCGCCGACGGUCCCAGCCUACAUAUCGAAAGGCCUCAGGCGAUGAGCCGCCAGAGCAUAGCCUCUGACGAAUCCCAGCGAGCAGACUCUAGCUCGGAACUAGGGACAAAGCCGCCCAGCCUCGACGGCAAGAGCAUCACAUCUGGAGCGACGUUCGCACUCGACGAGAAGGAGUCCCUGCGGCCGGACGACAGCGCCAGUGUUAAAGCAGCUGCCGAAGACGACGACUCCAUCUCGGUGCGCGGAUCCAUGAUGGCUGGUUCUAGAGUGAGCUCGGACCUGGCUGCACGGAACAGGGGUGCCCAGCUUGCCGAUGCUACGGACCGUCGACUGAUGCAGGCCACGCCGGGGAGCUCUGGCCAGGACAUCCUUGCCCCUCAGAGCACCGAGUCGGAGCAGCAGGUCGCUACUGCGGAGACCUCUUCGGACACUCUCAACGUCAUAUACCGACAUGCCCCCGACGAGAAGCUUGUUGAAGCCAUGGGGACGCCCAAGGACAGAAUGUAUCUUUUGAGGCUGGAGAAGGACGUGGUGGAGUUCGUGCAAAACUCGAAGGAACCAUUCAUGGAUCUCCCCCCUUCCAACUCAUUCUGCAGGAUGCUGGCCCACAAGCUGGCAGAUUACUACCACAUGACGCACUCUUUUGAACCCAACAUCGGGGUCGUGCGCAUCUUCCGGACACCCUUCUGCAGGGUCCCGACCUCGCUGGUCCACUGGGACCCGGCUCCAAACCCUUCAAGCACCAGCACCCCACCGCCGGCCAUCCAGCCCAAGAUGAUUAUGCGGCGCGGGCAGGGCGGUGAUGCCAGUGCCGCCAGCGGCACCCCCUCGAAGCCUACUUCUGAAGCAGAGAGUGACGACAAGGACAACAAGGAAAAGCCGCAGGGCAACGCCAGGCGCACGCGCGAGGAACGUGAGGAGAUAUACAAGCUAGCUCGGGAGCGCAUCUUUGGUAACGCAGAAGACAAUGGCAACGACAGCGAAAAGAGCAACGCAAUGUCGAGGACCAGCUCAGUGUCCGGGAACCUGUCCGCGGCCGGAAAGGGCCGAAGGGCCGGCCGGCACCGGCGUGAUGACUCUGACGGGUUCGAUUCCCGCCAUCAAUACGCACCUUACUGGGGUCCUCAGCAGCAGACGUGGGUGCCCCGAUAUGCUCCCACCCCUGCGGGCCAGGGGGCCGUUCAACCGGCACCAGCAUACGGCGCCCAGAUGGCACCUAUGUACGCAUCGCAAAACGCGGGAUAUACCGGUGCACCUGGCGCUGCACCUAGUCCGGUCUACCCUGCCUAUGCGGCACCUCAGUACCACCCGCAACCUCCGCCGCAGCGGUACCCGCCGCCCGGUGGUAGCCCGAUGACCUCUUACGGCUCCCCAACACCUGGAACCCCCCAACAGCCUCAGAACUGGCAGCCUGGCUACGGCUCGCCCACCUAUCAGGGCCGAGGGGCGUCCCCGUCGAGCCACCCCUUGCACCCGGGCAUCCCGUACGCAUUCGGGCAGCUGCCGGCGAAUUCGAACCCGCACGACCCGAAGAGCCAGCACCCGAUCCCUGGAAGCUACAAUCGGAACCACAACUUCAACCCUAAGACGCAGUCGUUUGUGCCCGGGAGUAACGACAUGGCCUGCGUGCCGCCGGGUGGACCGCCGCCCUUCGCCGCGCCUGCCUCCCACCACGGCAGCCCCCAGAUCGGCGCUGCCCCGGUCGCGUACCCGGGCUACCAGCAGCAGGUGAUGCCGCCCCAGCCGUACGGCGGGCAUGGCAUGAUGCGGCAGGCUUCCAACACGUCCAUUCCGGGAUACCACCCCGCCCAGCAGCCGCACAUGGCGCCCCCGAUUCCCUACGGACACCCGCCCCCGGCCAUGGUCCCGCCGCCGGUGCAAGCCGGGCCCCUCCAACACGUGAAUCCGGGCCAGGCAAUGCCGAGCCGACCGAAUGUCGGACCUGCCGGCCCCCCAGUCUUUGCUCAUCUACCGACGUACGGCAACCCGGCGACCCUGCCCCAGAAGCCGGCGACUGGAUACUAG